AUGGCGGCGGUGUCGGCGGGGGGUGGCGUACCGGUCGAGGAGUGUGUGGGGCAGGUGGUACUGCCCGGGGACGUGCUGUGUCUCCCUACGCACCCCGACGAGGAUGGGGAGCGGCUGCGGCUGGGCGCUAGCCCGUCCCCGCCGACCAGGCUACUCUGCGGGCCGGGCUUGCGGCGGUGCGACGCCGGGCUGCUGGUGACCAAAUGCGGCCUGCUGCGCCACCGGCAGGCGGCCGGUGGUGCCUACUGGGUGGACUCGCAGCAGAAGCGGUAUGUUCCGAUCAAAGGCGACCACGCAAUAGGAAUAGUGACGGCCAAAGCGGGGGACGUGUUUAAGCUGGAUGUCGGUGGGAGCGAGCAGGCGUCUUUGUCCUACUUGGCCUUUGAAGGUGCCACGAAGAGGAAUAGGCCGAACGUGCAGGUGGGAGAUCUUAUUUAUGGUCAGUUCGUUGUAGCAAAUAAAGACAUGGAACCAGAGAUGGUCUGUAUAGACAGCAGUGGAAGAUCAAGUGGAAUGGGAAUAAUUGGACAAGAUGGCUUCCUCUUUAAAGUUUCCUUAGGUCUAAUAAGAAAACUCUUGGCUCCCAAAUCUGAAAUAAUUCAGGAGUUGUCACAAUUGUACCCGUUUGAGAUGGUGCUGGGAAUGAAUGGAAGAAUAUGGGUAAAAGCAAAAACAGUUCAACAGACUUUAAUUGUAGUAAAUAUUUUGGAAGCCUGUGAGUAUAUGACUGCAGAACAGAGAAAACAGGCAUUUGCCAAAUUGUCAGGGAAUUAGUAAAAGAAAGCCUUGAGAUUUGUUUGAGAUGACUAGGUGUAUUGGUUAUUUUUGUAUUCAGAUUUAUAUUAAAGUCCUUUUUUAAAAAAAUGAAAUACUAAACUUUGUUCUUCUUCAGUUCCCUUCUUCAUCCACUCAGUUUAUUUGUGCCUUGUGUAGGAACUUUGGUUUUACUCACUUCUGUGAUUACGAAGUCCUGCUUACGUUUAUGAAUUUCUUGACAGAUGGGGAGACAGUCUUUAAAGCUUCCAGUAGCUGUGAGUUUAGAGGAAUAACUACUCAGAUUUGUAGGAAAAAUGGUCAGUUUGUAGCAUGCAUAUAUUUGCUCUUUUUUAUCAGUAUUAACGCUUCAAACAAUACAUGCUGGCUUGAGAGAGUAGAAAGUGUCUUGCAGGUCAUUCAUUCCGAUCAGGUGCUCUGUUUAUGCAGUGCAGGAAGCAAUUAUUUAAUAUGGGACAAAAUGUGGGACUAGAAAUGCAGAAAAUAACAGCAAAUAAUUACAGAGCAUAGCAUAAAAUAAGCAUAGGGUGGAUAAGGGAAACAAUUAGAUAAGACUCAACAUAUGGGCACAGUGACCUUAGUGCUUUCCCUAAAAAUAACUUGAUUAGUAGUAUUGAGGAAAUAGUGAUUAGGACUUAACUUUAUAAUUUCAUAGGACAUCAGUAUGAAAAUUCAGGAAGUUUGGCUCACUGAAAGGAAAAAAUAUGCUAAGCAGCUGCUAUUUGAAGUCACUUGCAUUUUUUUUUUUCAUGAGAGCUUUUUAAUUAGAGAUUAGGUAAAGGCCACUGCAGCAAUAGCCAUGUAUUUCUCAAUUCUAGAUACUUCAUAUGUAUUUUCUUUUAGAUACAGCAUCAAGAGUCCAUAUAGCUUUGCUUCAAGUUAAACAAAAUCAGCAUUAAAAAAAAAGCUUCCUCACAUGCAUGCAGAGGAAAUGCUGUCCUAAGGGAGAUAAAUUGUCAGUCCAUUUUAGUACAUGAGUAGUUUGCUACUGUUCUUUUGAGAAAGAACCAUGGAGUAAUUGGGGAACUACUGAUGCCUGCUUCAUGUGGGAGAAAAGUUUGACUGUGUACCCAAUGAAUUGCAUUGGAGCUGUUUAAACGGUUUUUCAGAUCUAUGAUGUUUUGUAGUUCAUAAUAAGAUUAAUAGCAAUAGUUAGCCAUAAAUUAGAGGGAAAAGGCUAAUUAGAAUAAGCUUGAAUACCAUAUUAAUUCCAAGUAUUGUUCCUAUUUAUUCUGCAUUUUUUGUAAUUCAGCCUGUGGUAUUUGAUGCUACAGUUUUCUUUGGCAUCUCUCAUUUAGAAAUUACUCCAGUUGAGAGCCACUCCUAUGAGUCAUCUUUAAUACACUUACCUAGGGCUUCCCCUGACAAAAA